ACACUGGUUUACAACACCAGAUAAUUUGGCCGUGCCAGCCCAGCUGUCUGCCACUGGAUGAGAAACUCCUCCCGGAGCUGCUUCAGGAAGCAGGAUACGUUACUCACAUGGUGGGGAAGUGGCAUUUGGGGAUGUACAAAAAAGAAUGCCUUCCAACCCGCAGAGGAUUUGAUACUUACUUUGGCUACCUACUGGGGAGUGAGGAUUAUUAUUCCCACGACCGUUGUGUCCUCAUCAAAACAAAGAACAUCACACGCUGUGCUUUGGACUUUCGAGAUGGAGAAGAAGUUGCAACUGGGUUUAAAAACAUUUACUCUACAAAUUUAUUCACAGAGAGAGCUAUAGAUCUUAUAGCCAAUCACAGAAUUGAGAAGCCCCUCUUCCUCUACCUCGCUUUUCAGUCUGUCCAUGAACCUCUCGAGGUCCCUGAAGCAUACAUAAAAGCAUAUUCCUCCAUUAAAGACGUAAAGAGGCGCCAUUAUGCAGGGAUGGUGACUCUUAUGGACGAAGCUGUAGGAAAUCUUACUGAUGCUCUGAAAAGAUACGGUCUUUGGGACAACACGAUUCUUAUUUUCUCUACUGAUAAUGGAGGACAGACUUUGUCAGGUGGGAAUAACUGGCCACUGAGAGGAAGAAAAUGGACCCUCUGGGAAGGAGGAGUGAGAGGAGUAGGCUUUGUUGCAAGUCCUUUACUGAAACAGAAAGGUGUAGCAAGUCAUGAACUCAUCCAUAUCUCUGACUGGCUGCCAACGCUGGUGCACCUUGCUGGAGGACAUACCAAUGGCACAAAGCCUUUGGAUGGCUUUGAUGUUUGGAAAACUAUCAGUGAAGGAAGACCUUCCCCCAGAGUGGAACUGCUGCACAACAUCGACCCCUUGUUUGUGGAUGACUUCCCAUGUCUUGGCAUUGACAAUAGGACAACUUUACCACAGAGCAAAUCUUCUCCAUGGGAUGAUACACUCUUUAAUAUAUCUAUGCACGCAGCAAUCCGACAUGGAAAAUGGAAGUUACUAACUGGAUAUCCAGGCUGCGGCCAUUGGUUCCCUCCACCAUCUUUGUUCAAUGAGUCAAAGAUACAAUCACCUGAUCCACCAACAAAGAGACUUUGGCUAUUUAAUAUUGUUAGUGAUCCUGAAGAGAGAAAUGAUUUGUCUGAAAAAUAUCCCCAUGUGGUGGAAAAACUGCUCUCACGGCUCCAGUAUUAUUAUAAACAUUCUGUGCCUGUGUUCUACCCUGAUGAGGAUCCCCACUGCGAUCCAGCAGCAAGUGGGGCUUGGGGUCCUUGGGCAUAGUGCACAGCACUGCAUCCUGCAAAACAAUCCUGUAGUAGAGUCUGGUUUAUGGACUCAAGGUGCUAGUCACAUAUUUCUUACCUUUUUUAUUAAACUAUUGCUGAUUUUGAGCUCA